CAUUCCAAUGGGAGUUGCAACGUUGCAGCUCGAGAGUCGAGACAGACUCCGGUUACUCGGAGAAAACAGUGAAAAUAAUAGCAGCCGGCCCUCAUGAUUAUGUUGCCCUAAAGUCUGGUGUCGUAAGCUUAUUGAAGGCGAACGACUCGGGAGUCGGAACGUCUCAGCUUCAACAACAACUUGUCCCUCCCGAUGUUCUCCGCUCAGGUUCUCUCUGUCGCGACAUCGUGUAUUAUUUCACUGAUUGCCGCUUUGCGUCUGAGUCGUAGACGCGUCCACUCUUUGCCUCUGCCGCCUGGCCCUCGCGGUUUACCAUUUCUGGGUAACGCACUGCAACUGGACACCAAACGACCUUGGCUCACAUAUAUUGCUUGGGGAAAGAUUUAUGGCAAAAUCAUUCACUGUAGCAUCCUUGGGAUUGAUAUGAUCAUUAUAAACUCUGAAUCGAUCGCGCGGGAGUUGUUGGACAAACGUUCUGCAAUUUACUCAGACCGCCCCGUCAUUCCCACCAAUGAGAUAGCUGGACUGGAAUUCAAUACUGUACUCCUUCCGUAUGGCGAGACCUGGCGGCGGCAUCGUAAGAUCUUCCAUCAAGUCCUUAGAGCCAAAGCUUGUGUUUCAUAUGACGAGAUAUACUCUCGCCACGCGAAUGAAUUAGUCUUCAAUCUCUUGAAGGCCACCGGUGACCUCCAGGAACCUACUCAAGCAUACACGGCAUCGCUGAUCAUGUCCGUGACAUAUGGAUACACUAGCUGCGGAACCCAAGACCCAUUCCUUUCCCGUGCGCAAGAACUUCUGGACAUCGCCAAACAUGUUCUUUCUCCAGAGAGGGCUGCCAUGUUCACAGCCUUUCCUUUCCUUAAAAAGCUGCCAGUUUGGUGCUUUCGUGGAGCCUAUGCCCUGAUGGAACGCAGUAAAGAAUUAUGUCAACAACUUUUAAACGAGCCCUUCAAGGAGGUAAAGGUACAGAUGGCAAAUGGUACCGCUUCAAAAUCACUAGUUACCGACUUCCUCAGUCAACCUGACAACAGUGUUGAUGAAGACACAAUGAAAGCUGUUGCAUUGAUGGGAUACAUAGGUGGCAUAGACACAUCUACAUCCGCGUUGCAGGUAUUCCUGUUGGCCAUGAUACUUUUUCCAGAUGUCCAAGCCAGGGUUCGUGCAGAAAUAAAUCAAGUUGUGGUGCAUGAUAAAAUGCCGUCCUUUGAUGAUAGGCCAUCGUUACCCUACCUUGAUGCCGUUCUCCGCGAGGUUCUAAGAUGGUGUCCUCCCAUACCCCUAGGAAUGGCGCAUGCGACAACAAAAGAUGACAUUUACGGCGGGUACUUUAUACCCAAAGGCACGGUGGUGAUGGUUAAUCAAUGGGCAUUAUCUCGGGACGAAGACAUAUUUCCUGAUGCAUCACGCUUCGAUCCCACUCGCCAUCUCACAGCUGAUGGCAAGCUAAAGGACCUUUUUGUCAACCAUUUUGCCUUUGGUCAUGGCAGGCGCGUUUGUCCUGGUCGUUGGUUUGUAGAGAACAGUAUGUGGAAUGCAAUGGCUACCAUCCUCGCCGUCUUGCGUAUCGAUCAUGCCAAAGACUCGAACGGAAACAGGAUUGAGGUAAAGCCGGAAAUCACCACCGGCAUGGUAAUUCACCCGCAGCCUUUCCAGUACUCGUUCGAAGUCAUGAAUUCAGCGAGAGAAGGGCAGCUUCGCGCAAUGCUGAAUUUGAAGUAGAUGGUCAUUUGCGCUACUAUGCCGGUUUUCAAGGGCUCGGAAGGAACCAGCACCACACGUCCAAAGCCCGUUUCUUCUUCGCGUUGUCAUUCUCCUCACUGCACCAUACAAUCCACUCGCUCGUUUGUCACAAUACUCUCGUUUGCUCACUCAUUCUCACCCUCGUUAAUGAUUUACAUUUAGCUCUAUAUAUCUCUUCGUACAUACUCACGGAUUUACUAGUAGCAUCCUAAUCAAUUGCAAGUUUGUCUGCAGAGUGAA